AGUUUCAGUCAUUUUAGCGGCAGAACGCCUGAAAUACAUAUUGGAUUUAUUCACCUCGUACACAGUAGUGUAGUUAUUUAUUAUUUGUUAAAGAUUACAACAGCAUGGCAUUGGCAAAUACAGAAAGAAGCACAUUGCGAUCGAUCAGUGAUAGAUUGCUUUAGUCUCCCGUCGCAAGACAGUCAGAACGAUGUGAAGGAGCGAUUGCUUUGUCUGUAGUUUAUGUUCUGACGUUUGUUGCUCAGUGCAGCUCGACUUUGGUCCGAAACAUAAAAUAAUGGCCCAGCCUCCACCAAAACCAUGGGAAAGGCGGAUCUCUGGAACCAUGACUGCACCACUAAACUAUCGCUCAGCUGACUUUGGAUCAGUAUCACAAAGUGGGCCAUCAGUGUCUGUUCCUCCGGUUCUAAAACGUGUGGCACCACCCAUCCCUCCAAGACCCGUUCAACAGGCAUACCGCCCUACAUAUAGCUCAUUUCCCUCCACAUACAGCCCUUAUGGGAGCUCCAUUUAUGGGGGCUACAGCCCCUACAGCUACAGUGGUUAUGGAGUUGGAGGGGGCCUGGGUUAUAACCGCUAUAACCUAACGGACGACAUCCCACCCAGCCGCUUUGUCCAGCAGGCAGAGGAGAGCAGCCGUGGAGCAUUUCAGUCCAUUGAAAGCAUUGUCCAUGCUUUCUCGUCGGUCAGCAUGAUGAUGGAUGCUACUUUCUCUGCCGUCUACAACAGCUUCCGUGCUGUUCUUGAUGUGGCCAAUCACUUCUCCCGCUUGCGCAUACAUUUCACAAAAGUGCUGUCUGCUUUCGCCUUGGUUAGGACCCUUAGAUACCUAUAUCGCAGGCUGCAGAGGCUGCUGGGGUUGCGUCAGGAUUCAGAGGUGGAUGACUUGUGGGCAGACAGCACUGCUUCCUCCAUGGUGUCUGCUUCAGGAACCAGAGGAGCAGGGAUAGAUGACCCCAGAGCGAAUUCUGUCAAAUCAUGGCCCAUUUUCUUGUUUCUUGCUGUAGUUUUUGGAGGGCCGUAUUUGAUCUGGAAGCUUUUGCGGUCUGCUGAGGGUCCUGAGGAAAAUGGAUCAGUUUUGAGAACACUACCAUACCAAGAUUGGGCCACUAACUGGGCAAGUGGGGAGGACGACCAUGUGGUAGCACGAGCUGAGUAUGACUUCACAGCUGCAUCUGAAGAAGAGAUCUCUCUACAGGCUGGGGACAUGCUUAAUCUUGCCCCUAAAGAACAACAGCCCAGGGUGCGUGGCUGGCUCUUAGCCAGCGUGGAUGGGCAGACCACUGGCCUUGUACCUGCCAACUACGUCAAAGUGUUGGGCCGGAGGAAAGGCAGAAAGCAUGCAGAAUUAGAGAGGAUGGCACAGGCCCAGCAGGCCGCACAGAACCUUCCUGCACCGCAAACUGCUCUGGCUACAGCUUCUGUUCCCAACUCCAGACUGCCGGUCCCUGCCACAUCAGUUCCAGAUGAGCUGCUGGAGUCUGUUUAUGAUGAAACACAUGACCUUCACGCUGCCCUGGAGGUGCAGCCUUCCACAAACAACAACAGUGAUACUACAGUGAUAACCUCAGAAAAGAUGGGCUUAUGAAUAAUUUGUAUGUGCGGGAAAGUGUGUGUCUUGGUAGGACAAAAAAGUGUAUCCUUCAUUAGAAUGUAUCACCCCCUUUAUAACUUAGUGCAACAUCUAAAAAAGGUGAGGAACAAAUGAAAAACGAGGUGUUGUGGAGGGGAGGUCAUUUUCCUUUAUAAUGUAUGAACUAAAUUCCACAAAUUUCAGUAGAUUGUUAGGCUCAAAGCCAUUACCGAUAUUUGUUCACAUUUUCUUUCUUCAACAAAAAUAUUUGGUAUUUUAACAUGAUAGUUUCUUCGAUUGUGUUAACUCUUUCCCCGCCAUUGACGAUGUUAUCUCGUCAUUUAGAAGACAACGCUUCCCCACCAUUGACGAGUUUUUACGGCUUUUUGUGUUUUCACUGUUAUACACUUGGGGGCGCUGUUACACACCUUCUGAAUGAGUACAAAA